AUGCCGGCGCCCCCCCGCCUGGACCCCGCCGGCCUGCCUCCUCCUCCCCAUCGGUCUGCCUCCUCCGUCGCCGGUCGUCUCCGUCUCCACCUCACGGCCCACUGCCGUUGCCCUACGAAUCACCGUGAGCCCGCGACCCCUCUCUCUCUCGCUUGCGCGCUCGCGCCGCCUGUCGCCGCGCGCCGACCACGCCGUCUGCCCGCGCUGCGCGCGCGCUCGUCGCCGCGGCCACCGCACGCGUGCGCCCCUUACACGCUCAUCGUCGCGUCGUCCUGCCGCUCCGCUCGUCCCACGCGCGCAACCGCGCCGUCCGUGCCUCCCCCGCUCGCCACGCUCGGUGCGUCAUCGCGCGCACACGCACACGCGUUCCCAAGCCCCGCCUCGCCCUUGUCGCUACCAUGCGCGACCGCCGUCGCCUCGGCCCCCCUGCCCACCGGCCCGCGAGCUCGUCGUCUCACCCUCCCCAGCUACAGCCGAGCUGACCGCGCCCGCCGUCGCCGUGCUGACCGCCUCCACCGCGCCUGCCCGUCCGCGCGGCCCCACUCCAGCGCCGCCUCCUGCUGCCGCCGCGGCCACCCCUCCGCCGCCUCCCCUUGCCCCGCGCUCCUCCCUACUCCAGCCAUGGCCUUGCCGUGCCCACCGGCCCCCUUGCUCCGGCGCCUUGCCGGGUUCGUCCGCUCCUGGGCAUGCGCCCGCUCGGGCGGAGCCCCGGUUAGCCCAGCGCCCGUAACCCGCAUCGGCCCCCUGGGCGAAUGA